GAGAACGAACCCAUUAAAAGAUAUUUAUUAAAAUCUAUCAUUUUUAAAUUAACGACGAUACCAUUGUACAUCUCUUCGUGUUACUAUCGGUCAUUAAAGGAAGAACGUAUAGCGGCAUGAACGUAUAGAUCGGCGUGUAUGGGUGUGGAUGAUCCGAAAACACGAUUAGGUCAAGGCUCGCCAAUUCCUUCAAGACACCGAAGGGAUUUACGUACUUUCACGAUGUUUCCCACCUCCGAAAGAACAAGAUAGUAUAAUAAGUAUAAAACGGCAAGAGUUUGAUCGCUCUCGGAAGCGAUAGUUUAAUCGGCCUUGAAUUCAGCUACAGAUUGCUCAUUUUCUCGACGAUUAAUUUUUUUUUUUUUUUUGUUACUUCUUCUUAUCUGGUAGACACUUGAAAUAAAAUUUCAACAAGGGGUAACCGUUUAUCGAAAAGAGUAACGUACGCAUGGGCAAUCGUGUGCGAGGUCGGAUGCGAUCGUGGAUCGAGAAAAUUUUGUCGACGAAAUUCCACGACGUUCCACGAAUUCGUCCAGUGGGCAUAUCGUAGUGCGUAUAACGCGUUUAUGGAAAAUAGACGACGGGCGCUUUCGCUUCACCUACCAAACGUUCUAGUAAUUUCAAAAUCUUUCUUACAAAGCCGAACACAUAAUUAAGAAUUUAGGUGAAAAAGAUGAAAAAACGGACUACAAAGACGACGAAGCACAAAGCAUGUUCGUGGCGCGUGUUUCCCCCGACGAUAUCAGUACGAUUCGUCUCCGUCCAAUCCGCUGUAUCCCCCGCUGAUGGAGCAAAGUUCAGACUGUACCAAGAGCCGAUGCGUGACUAAAUAAUGAUUUAACGAAGUGUCUUCAGUCUUCGCGGCGUUCUGCGUCGAGCCUGAGGACGAUAUAGUGAUAAAAAAACAACGAAGAAAAUAAAGAAGGAAGAAGAGAAAGAAGGAAGCGAGGUUGAGAGAAAGGGGGUAGAAAGGGGCAGAAUGGGAGGAACCUGAGGAAGGAAGAAAGCUCGGUAACAAGAAAGGGAACUAAGGAGGAAAGGAAAGAAGGAAGAGGGAAAAUAAAAAUGUGGAUUAAUCGAAGAAAAAUAUUUUUCAAAACACAGUCGAAUUCGAGCUAGUAGAAUUACUGACGAUUUUAUUAGCGGUCCAUGCAUUCGAUAGCUACCGAUAGCGAGAUAAAAAGAAGAGAAAGGAGAUCGAUGUGCGACUUAAUGGAAAAUCAGUGGGUAUUCCUCGAUCGAUGAGAUUCUUCGAAACAAUGUUAAAGGGGUAAACGAACGAAAGAAAAAUAUCUGUUGGAAAACACGUGUGAGUGGGAUAUUCAUACCCGAUGCGAAAUAUCGACACGAUGCGACUAAUUCAACAGCUGGUAUUACUUUCUAUUCUGUUGUUGGAUAAUCAGGUCGAAGUCACCUGGCCCAAGGCCGCAAAUCCUUUGCCUUACCUUCGGUGGGCAUCUAAUUUACGAUCAAGCAGUUCGACCUCAGCGAGUUCUUCUUCCUCUUCCUCGUUUUCUUUAUCGACCUCAUUCGAGGAAGAGAAUUGCGCCGAAUGUACACAAAAUAAGGUUGGCAUACUAACCGUUACCGAUCCGAUUUUAACAGAGCUAAGAGUCGAGUAUGUCAAACAACAAAUACUGAAGAAGUUGCGACUUUCCAAGCCACCCGAGAUAUCGAUGCCGCUGUCGACCUUGCCGAAGCCUCUGAUAAAUGGUCGUGUACUCGAACUUCAACCCGGAGCACCACUCGAACCGGAAAAAUCAGCUGACAGUUUUUAUGGAAAAACAGACCAAAUUGUUGUUUUUCCGAACGAAGGUAUUGCCGAUUCGAAAAAGUGUCAACAGAAAUCGAACCAUCUGACGGGCUUUAAUCCGGCAGCCUGCUUCACCUUUUAUCUACCCAACGAAAUGCAAUUCGUGGAUGUGACCUCGGCGCAACUUUGGUUUUACAAGGAAUACGACGAAAAUGACUAUCUAAAUCAAACUUUCGUGCUGUCUGAGCUCGAUCAUUGGGAUUUGAACGGGCAUUUCGAGAAAAACACGAUUAUGGCUAUCUUUGAAACCGAUAUCGGAGAGGGAUGGGUGAAGACCGACGUAACUUUCACGCUGAAGAAAUGGGUGGAAGAGCUUCGAUUGAAUCACGCGAUACAGAUAGCUUGUAGCACCUGUUCGAUAGAUCGAGACACAGCGCCUGUAUCCGUCGAACAAACAUUAAAACCGUUCCUCGUGAUACACACGUCGCCGUUACUGCAGAAAAACAGGCCCAAGAGGAACUCAAAUUGUCUGCCGGAAAUGAAGGAGUGCUGCAGGGACGAGCUCUAUAUUAAUUUCAAAGACAUCGGUUGGAGCGAUUGGAUUCUUCAUCCGAGCGGAUAUCACGCGUAUUUCUGUCGUGGAUCGUGUUCUUCCGCAGCUUCGUUGACCAUCAGUGGAUCUCCCUACAAUAACGUGAUCAGAAGGUUAUUGGCCAAGAAUGGUAGCACAACGCGUCGUAAAAACGAGAUCAUUCCAUGUUGUUCACCUACGCAGUUGUCGCCGAUUCAACUGCUCUACGUUGAUUCGAAUAAUACGAUCACGCAAAAAACACUGCCAAAUAUGGUAGUGGAAGCCUGCGGUUGCAUGUGAUUUGCGAAAGUCGCCGAAAUUCUCCCACGAUUCCCCCGAAAAUACCCUACGUCGGCUCGAUCGAUUCGAAUUCGAGGUCCUAUCGCACCUGAUUCGAUCGUUUCCAAAGCGACGAGAGUUUGAUCCCCUUCGUUACCUGAAACAAGUUCCUUUUGAAUAAAUUUGCACAUCCAACCUCUUCGUAUCCUGAAUUUCAAACGAGUAAAACUAUAUACUAAAGUGUAUAGAACUCUCGAAUGUUCGCCGUUUCGUCGAGAAUUUAUCGAAACAUUAUCGCGGAGAAACGUGAUACUUCUGUCGAAUCGAAUGGACUUCACGCGUAGUUUCAUGGUUCGCAGUGAAGAGACUAGGAAAACGUUUAAAGUUUAAACGUUGUGGACUGCAAAUGCUCUCAGAAAGCCCGUGGAAAGCACGAAUACAGAGUCGAGAAAGAAUGUACACGGACGAGUCGCCUUUGAUUUUAGUUUCCAUGUCGAAUACAGUUGUUUAUACCUUCGCGUACAGAGGCUGAAGAAAGUAUUUAAACAGUUACAGUAACUUCAUAUUACACAGAACAUUUUGAAAUAUUAUUAACACCACUGUCACAAUUGGUAAAAUUUGAAACGAAUUUGAAAAUCUAUAUAUAUAUAUAUAUAUAGAAGUUAAAAUAUUUGAACAGUCAGUUAUUCGUUGUAUUAAUGUGCCACGAUAUUUAAUGAGAUCAUUUUUAGCACUAAUUAUACGUUUAACACGACUAUUCAUGCUGUAUACAUACUAAUUUUUUAACAUGUGGAUCGAUAUAUGUACAGUAGCGUUCGGAUAUAUGGCCACGAAUUUGUCCGCUCGUAUGGCCACAAGUUAUCCCCACCAAUUCCUGGAACUGCUGGCGCGAGGCAGGCCUCUGCGUUAUCUAUGAUCCGCAUCGAUGUAAUUCAAAUCGGAAGAAGAAAAAUACAAUGUUUUUUAUUUUUUUAUUGUAUCGUUAGGAGAUAGCCUCAGUCGGAUUAUUGAGAUUUGUACAAACACGACUAUAUCUGAUCAACAAUUGUUAACUAAACUAAUGAAAUAUGUAAUAUACGACUAGGAGUAAAAAAUGAUCUGAUUCUA